CAGAAUCGGAUAUAUAUUGAGCCCCAGGCUUGGGCACAACACUCAGUCCUCACAGAUCUACCAAGUGACAAUGAAGUUUCUGCUGGGAGGAUUGUGUCUGUUUGGGGCUGUGGCCCUCAGCUCCUGUUACCCCUGGUUAAAGCACGUGCCAAACAUUACAGAAGAUGAGUUGAACCAGGAUCACUCCCAUCACAGACGUGAAGGUUUUCCUGAUCGUUGCGAUGGUCUCGGAUUUGAUGCAGUCACCCUGGAUGAGCAAGGAGUUACCUACUUUUUCCGAGAUGAAUUUCUGUGGAGAGGGUUCCGUGCUCCUGCUGAAUUCAUUAAUAAAACCUGGCCCGCAUUACCGGAUCACAUCGAUGCAGCAUUCCGGAUCCACCAUAAAAACUCACCGGAGCAUCACGACAGAAUGUUCUUCUUCAAGGGGAAUCAAGUCUGGCAAUACAGCGGCACUAAACCAGAAGGUCAGUUCCUCAUUCAAGACAAAUUCCAUGGAAUUCCAGAUGAUCUGGGGGCUGCAGUCGAGUGUCCUGAGGGAGAGUGCCAACAUGAUUCUGUGCUUUUCUUCAAAGGAGCCACCACAUACGUGUUUGAUCUGAGCACCAACACAGUGAAGGAAAGGCCAUGGACAGGGUUACAUCUCUGUUCAGCUGCAAUGAGGUGGAUUGAUAGAUAUUACUGCUUCCAGGGGUCAAACUUCACUCGCUUCCAUCCUCACACUGGGCUGGUUUUUGAGAACUACCCGAAGGAUGCGCGGAGAUACUUCAUGCGGUGUGAAGGCCAAGGCCAUGGGAACAGAACUGCAGAUCCUUCCAUCCAUAACCGUUGCAGUAACCGGUCCUUUGACGAAUUUAAUGAAGAUGGGCUCGGAAGAGUUUAUGCAUUCCGAGGCAACUGGUACUUUCGUAUAGACUCCAAACGAGAUGGCUGGCAUGCGUGGCCAAUUCAUUCUGCCUGGCCAUCACUGCACGGCAAAAUCGAUGGAGUUUUCAGCUGGAACAAGAAGAUGUACUUUAUCCAGGGAUCACAAAUAUACAUUUACAAAGCUGAGGCACAUUAUACCUUGAUUGAAGGAUAUCCCAAAUCGAUCACAGAAGAGCUGGGAAUCCACGGCGCAGGUGUUGAUGCAACAUUUAUCUGCCCAGGAAAACCUGUCCUGUAUGUGAUCAGGGGUAAUCAAGUGCAGAGUAUCAAUCUGGAACAGACACCCAGAAAUCUAGGCGAUGGGUUCCGGAUUGGUCAUUCCCAUGUUGAUGGUGCCAUGUGUAAUGCAAAUGGUAUCUUCAUAUUUGUCGGUACAGAUUACUACAAGUACCAUUCAACAACUGAGCUUGCAGGAUGGAAAAACACCCCAGAACCACACAGUAUCAGUGCAGAUUUCAUGUCUUGUGCACAAUGAUUGGGCAGUUGGGUAGCAGGAGGGUGGGACAGUUGCCCUGGGUACAUCUGAAGUGAGAAACUUUCGGUGAUGUCCUGAAUCUUAGCAUCUCCUAAAAUGCAAAUCCUUUCUGCUGACCCUACUGCAUACAAUAAACAACUGGACAAUUCCAUGUUCUUGCUGACCUAUCACUUAUCAUUAAUAAAGGAAUUAUUAUUCCACA